AAUAGCGUGUACAACUGCAGUGGUUUCUCCGCUGAAGGCCAGUGCAUUCGUCUUCGUAUAUCAUUCGUGAUAUAGGUAAUGCAACAAUUAAGCCUAUCUAUACACAAACACGUCGAUAAGUUCUGUACGACACUGUAAUUCUGCAGACAUGGAGGCGGAAACAAAAUGCUUGCAGCUGUCAAAUGGAGUGCGAAUGCCGGUUCUUGGAAUAGGAACUUCACAUCUCGGUGGUUAUAGCGACGAUGCCGUGGUGCACGCCCUCAAAAACUGCGGGGUGCGGCACAUCGACACGGCAAGGCUAUACAAAUGUGAGCACCUCGUGGGCGAAUCUGUCAGAAAAAGCGGCGUGAAUAGGGCAGAUCUCUUCAUCACCAGCAAAGUGUGGCCCAGUCAGUACGGCUACCAAGAAACUAAGGAUGCUUUCCGUGAUUCACUCAGCCAAGUGGGCGUGGAAUACUUUGAUCUUUACUUACUUCAUUGGCCCGCGUCCCCAGAAGGAACCGACACCAAACAACUCAUCAGUGAGUCCUGGAAAGCUCUCGAAGAGUUUUACUCCCAAGGUCUGUGUAAAGCAAUUGGCGUCAGUAACUUCGAGAUUUCCGACUUGAAAAAUUUGGAAGAAAGCUGGAAAAUUGUUCCCCACGUCAUUCAGCUGGAGUUUCAUAUCUUCUGUUAUCCGGAAAAGCUUAUUGAAUACUGUAGAGGACUUGGAAUGCAAAUCGUGGCACACAGCCCCAUGGCUAAAGGGGAGGCCCUUACGCAACCGAAGGUGAUGGAACUUGCCAACAAGUACAAGAGAUCGAGCAGCCAAAUACUCAAUCGUUGGGUGACUCAGCACGGAAUUGCAACUAUACCGAAGUCUACCAAACCUCAUCGCGUGGAAAAAAAUUGCAAGAUUUUUGACUUUGAGCUAUCAGCGGAGGACAUGAGCUGUUUGGACGCCAUUCACGAGAGCGAUUCUCAUAGCUCCAUUAAUAUCACAAGCCAGGCUGUGUUUAAUCGGACAUGAACCUAAUUGAGUACACAGUGGAAAGUCCACAACAGCAUUAUCAGUUUGUCAUUUUUCUCGGCAAGGAUGUUUGAAAAUGUUGUCAAACAAUUAUAGUUUUCAAUUCUUGUUUGAUUUUGCAUCACUUUAGUCUUUCAGGUUUUGUUAAGUCUUGGUCUUUGAUUAAAGGUUUAAGAAUUAGUUUUUGGUUUUCAAUUUUUAUUUGGUCCCUUUCGUUUUCUGGUAAGUCUUUAGUUAAUUUCUGUUUUGGUUUUGAUUUUCAGCUCUUGUAAAUAUUUAUUUUUGUCCUUUUGUUUUGGUUUGAAAUAUAGAAUGUAUGUCUGUGUCUCUAUUAAUUCAAUUUCCUCGCGACUUUUCCUUUCAAAGAUCCUGAGUUUAGUUUAGUUUGAUAAGUGAAAUCCCCAUAGAGUCUUGUUUUAGUGCGAGUUCCCCAAGUGUGUCUUUUUUCCAGGUUACAUAUACACACUCUGAAAAAUCCCUGAUCAGAUUGACCCAUAAUCUGGGUUCUAUUUGGCUUCACCCUUUUCCAGGUCAAACAUUUUUGAUACUUUUCCGGGUAAAAACGAUUUGUGUGUGUGUGGGUGUGCUCUUGUAUUGUAUUACACUCGAGGACAGACAACAAAAGGAGCACAAUGGUGCCUUUGAUCCUCGGACGACGGUGCCUAUUGUUAAAACCGGUCCUCGAUCGUAUGGUUGUAUGCUUAGUCAAUGGGAAAGUGUUAUAUUAGAGGGACAGAGGGGAAACACAAUAGGUUGUCCUCAGGCGUAUAGUAAAACACGAC